GCGCAAAAAUUCGGUAUUAAAGCACAGUUUGGAUACUUUCCAGGAUUCUUAAUUAUCUCCUUUGGUGAACCUGGGACUUUGUGCUAUUCAGUUCAACUCAUUAAAGUAAACUCAAGUCUAAACCUCAAUCGUCUAACAAGCAUCUUUCAACUAUUCGAAUCGGUUAUGUGCGACGAAAUUACCAUACUGGAGGCCACUCGUUCCCUAGAACCUAUUGUCUGUCGACCAAGUAUAUAUCCACCAUGGCUUAUCAUAGCAGCACAUGCAGUCGCUUCUAGUAUAAGCACUCCCAUGUUUUUCGGAGGUGGUCCAAUCGACAUGUUAUUCGGACUAUCACUUGGAUUCGUAGUUGUUAUUGGAUCCCUCUAUGUAUCCCAUCGUGUUACUCGUCUAGCGACCAUAUUUGAUAUCUUGCUAAGCGGAGUGGUUGGAUUUCUUGCGACAGUCAUAUCCACCAGGUUACCAUCUAGUGACGCCUGCUUUUAUGCACUCUCUAUAGGCGGUGUAGUAAAUCUUUUGCCUGGUUAUGCCACACUGGUCUCGAUUCUAGAGAUCGCUGAUGGUGCAAUCGCCUCUGGAACUCUUAGAUUGACGACGACGCUGAUAUAUUCCCUUCUUCUUGGAUUUGGCUUAGCAAUUGGUGCAAAUACUCACCAGCUCAUUUUCCCUUCCCUUGCCCUGGAAUCUUCUAGUGCUGCUUGCAAGAGUACAAUGUCACCCUUAUAUCACAUCAUUUUAGUACCCCUCUAUGCCGCUACUAGUGUAAUCAAGUUAAAGGGAGACCCACAAAACUAUCCCGUUAUGUUGGUUCUAGCAGCCAUUUCGCACACUGUGCACACCAUCACACUACAGAAUUUUGCUGCAUAUCCUCACAUGGCCACGAUACUAGCGUCCUUCGCAAUUGCGUCUGCAUCGAAUAUAUAUGCUCGUCUAAAACCUACUGUUGGAUUUGCGGAUAUGCUUACUGGGCUAAUGUUCCUCGUGCCCGGCUCCAUAGGUGUCGCAUCCUCUCUCGAUACAUUUGGUGAAGCCAUUUCAUCUUCAAGUCCAAUGUCCGAGAUAUCAGUCAUUUUAAAUGCUGGCCAGCAGGGAAUUGCAUUCGCAGCUCAUAUGCUGAUUAUUGCAGCAUCUGUCUCUGUUGGACUAGUACUUGCAGCAGUAGUCGUAUAUCCUCUCAGGAAA